AAAUCUGGCCAGUUACAGGUAACUGUAGCACCAAUGGAGCUUCCCAUGAAAAGCAGGAGCUUCAGUUUAACCUCCCACCAGUUGAAAGCGUUGACCCUCCUGGCCUGCACCCUGCUGGGGUUUGAGAGGACGGUGAUGGAGCUCGUCACUAAUUUGACCUUCAUUGACUGUACAGGAGAAACUCCCUCUGUGAAAGGCAUCUUGAAAAGGAAUCGAGAGGAUUUGGACAUGACACCAGACUGCAAGAAAUCCACAUCAGAAACACUAAUCCACACGCCAGAGGUUUUGGAGUUUGACUGGAGGUCAGCAUUUAAGGGGCUGGUCCCUCACAUGGCACAUUGUGUUAAAGUGGUCCUGGAUGAGGUUUGUUUCAGAAAUCUAAAGCAGGAGGAGGAAUUAUAUUCUUCAGGACACACCUCAAUCCCCUUGAGCCGCACAAGAGGACACACUGCCAUCCCUGCCGGAAACACACAUCUCAGAGAAGAUUCCUUCUACACCUACUCAGAGAGACAGACUCCUAGGAUGACAGCAAAGUUUUGUGGAGCGAUCAUGACUGAGAUGGAUGCCUUACUACCCUUGGCAGCAGCCUGCAGAGACAGCUCUCUCCUUGAGGUGCGAUCAACCUUUGUAGAAGCGUGUAGCAGGGCAGUGUUUGCCUUGCUAGGCCGUUUGCAGGAGAGGGCCCUGGAGGUACCAUCCUCCGCACCCCUGAGGAACCUCCCUGCUCUGCUGGCCACUUGCAUUUAUGUGGAGCAACGACUGGAGCACUACCAUGCCAGGCUGAAAGAUUCAAAUUCUACUGCGGCUAAAGUACCCCUGACCCUGCUGCCUAUUCAGAAGUACAAAGAGACAGCGGAGGCCUUCAGGGAGCAGCUGACCAGUUACUGUAUCCAGAUUUGUUCCACCUGCAUUUUUCAAGACGCAGAGAGUCACCACUGGGCUGACCCCCAACCUUUCUACGAGGGUGAGCGCUGUUCCUUCUCGGUGCAGAUGUGGUUCUACUUCCUGUGUGGGCUCCGUAGCGACUUGUGGGCGAUUCUCCCGGCAGAGAUGGCCAAGGAGGUGCUGGGACAGGUGCUGUCUGAGACUUUACAGCUGCUGGUGCAAAGAUAUGCCAGGGCCCGUCCGUCGUACAAGAGACACCUGCAAAUCAGAUGUGACAUUACAGCAGUGUUGCUGUAUGUGGAGCAGCUUAUGUGGAGUGUGUGUAAGAGUCCCGAGGCCUUGUGGCGCUCCAAUCCUUCUUCAGCAAUUGCCAUAAUAGCGGGCGGAUCAGACUGGCCAUACCAAAUCCACAGCCUGUGUGAGCAACUCCUGACAGUCCUUGUCAUUGUGACUGCACCGCUUUCUUUGCUGUAUAGGAUGUUGAUGAAUAAUCCUGGGAAAGAGUCCAAGCCUCAGCAUGACAGCCCUGUUGUCCUUUGGCUAAACGCUAUCAACCCUGACCUCUUCACAGAGGAGGCCAUACGAGAUGGCCUCGUGGGCCAGGCGGCCUCUCUGUGUCAGCUGAGGCUGCUGACCUCUGACCCAGGACACAAUCCCAGGUUGCUUCUGCGAAUGCUGCUGUACAGAGACUGUCACCUGCCCACAAUACUCCUGGAGAACUCUUAUAUUUGCCAAGAGAACAGCUUAGAAAUGUCUACAGACAGCUGCAAGGCCGGAGAUGACUUCAUCGUUGCAUUGUUCAAACUCUUCAGUUGCCUGAAUAAUGUUCCAAACGCCUUGACUCAGUCCCUUCAGCCAUACCUGGAAAGGUCACGCAUGUGGGAGCAUCUCUACACGCUGGCAGACACGACCCGGGCUGUACCUGUAGUGAUCAGCUGUGUCCGAGCGAUCGUUACAAAGUCUAUCCACAGCAUCCUGAUAAACCUGGUCUCCAUGGUGAUUGGUUGGCAGGCCACAGAGGAGCCUAGUGGGGCCUUGUUUAAGCAAAAUGUACCAGAGAGCAUCCUAGCUAAAAUACCCAAGGAGUGGAACUACACACCACUGGAAGCACGCGGAAAGGAGACUGCCACUAAGACUGUCAUAUCUGUAACUAUCCAAGCCUUAUCCCUCAUUUUCACCAACCUGCCCUUGGCCGUAGCAUCCAUACCUCUCCCCAUCCGCUACCUCUUCCAAGUGGCAGAGAAACACCUCUCCCAGCAUGCUCGGCAGCUGCGCUUAAUGGGCCUGUUACUCUGGGCCCUGUUAGGCUGUCUGAUCCAGGGCCUGGAGGACCCUGACACACUAGAAGAGAUCAGUGGUCUGGCCCUCACCCGUGGGGCAAAGGAACCCCUGUCCCUGCUGGCUGAGUGCCUACAGGCUACCAUGGGCAUUCAACAGAAGGGCGUUCCCAAACCAACAGUGCACAAAGUGCUGCAGACUCUGGAGGAGAAAAGACCAAAGUGGACCAACAUGCAGCUGCAGAAAGCCCGCAAGCUCUGCUCAGACAGUGUUUCUGAGCGAGGAAAGGAGAGCGGAGUCGCUGAACUGACUGAGCAGAAAAUAGGCCUGAUGCUGCUGGAGGUCUGCCACAAAGCAGGUGGCAGCAACUACCUGAGGCAGAUCUAUCACAUCAUCCAAGGCAAUGAGGAAUUACUGAUGUCAAACCUAAGUGGAAGCACAAAUUCACCCAGUAAUCCUCCUCACGUGGUGAACUUUGACCUUGGCUCUGAGAGUCGCAUGGACCCCGACUGUUUCAACCCUCUCCACCAGUUUGAUCAUGUUGGCAAGAAGACGCUGGAUCAGAGUGCAGUGGUCGACUGGGCAUGGGACUGGCCAAAAGUGCUGCCAGCCUAUCAGGGCAUGAGUCAGAUCACCUUCAAAACUCUGCUGGCCAACAGAUGGGAGAUGCAGAAGGAUGCAGAGCUGGAAGACGGAGAGAAAUGUAUUGUAGAGGAACUUCAGAAAGCCUAUUUUGUUUGCUGCUGCAGCCCAGGGACGCAGGACUGUCCCGGAGCUGAUGAGACACUCGCAGAGCAGACCCAGGGGGAAACACAACAAUCUGAUAAAAGUGCUGCCCAAUAACACUGCAUGCAGUUGGAUUUUUUUUUAUCACGUUGUAAAUGUUUUCUUGUAAUACUAAGUUGCAGCUCUCAAGGUAGUAUAAUCUGUGUGUGUGUGUGUGUGUGUGUGUGUGUGUGUGUGUGUGUGUGUGUGUGUGUGUGUGUGUGUGUGUGUGUGUGUGUGUGUGUGUUUGCAUUUGUGUGUGCACUGUGCGCAGCAAGUUUGAAUAUGUGUGUGCAGGAAAAUACGAGUGAGAGAGCGGACAAGAAACUGUGGAACAACCAAAAGUCUGAGGCAGACGUUGGCUCCCUCUUUAUGCACACGUCUCAGACAAACUCUCUGAGCUUUUCUGUGCUGCUUCAGACAUUUCAUCUUUUUGGAGCACACCUCCAUAAAUCAGUUCUGGGAAAUAGAGAGCCUGGAUUUGUUUGCCUGGGACAAGAUGGGACUGUGUGAUCACUGUUGGUAGUUGAAGUUUUUAGUUUUUUUGCGAGACAGUGAGUGUAAAGACAUUGGUGUCAGCAUACUUUCUCCUGCUUCCUAAAAGCAAACAUCAAAUAUUAAAGUGUGGAAGCAAGAUGAUGUAUGUUUUGAUUACAGCGUGUCCCAAAAAUCUGUCCCACAAUGUAAUAUCAGUCAGUAUUUUGUGAAAACUGUGAAAACAUUUAUUUUAUGUGUUAUAAGAUGGCUUAGUAUACUUUUCCAGAUUUGUCCAUAUUUUGUAAUUUAUGAGUUGGAGAAUGUUUUAGAAUUAAACAUGAAAAUAAAAUCAUAUUCUUACUUAUACCAUUGAACAAACUUCAGUCAUCGAUCAAUCUGUGUGAUCUCUGUGCAGUCAAUAAUGUAUGAUAAUUUAUUACUAUGUAGUAAGC